AUGGAGACAGGGACGCCGAACAUGACUCCGAUGCCAGCAGAAGUACCUGCCAAGGCCGAGGUGGACGACUUCCUGCGCCGCAAACGAAAAGCGCGUGAGCACAAGGCUUGUUAUCCGUGUCGACAACGAAAAGUUCGCUGUGAUCUUGCCAGGCCGUGUCGCACCUGUGUCGAGCGCGAACACCCUGAGCUAUGCGACUACCACCCACCUAAUAAGAAGCAGAAUAACUCUACUUCGUCCUCGGCGUCUCUCGCGCUUCCUACUGCGGGUACCAGCAGUGGGGUUCCUGCAUUGAGCGCCAAUACCGUGACGCUUUCGCGAUCGGAUUUUGAUCAUCUCUGUCGAAAACUGGACAAUGUCGAGUCUGCGCUUGAGGAUUUGCGCAGGGAGAUGAAAAGCUCGAAUAGUAGACCAUCUCAACACGUUUCUGGACGUUCUUCACCAUCAAGUACUACGCAGAAGGCGGAUGGUGCGCAGCCAUGGAUCAACAAUCAAUUCACCCGUCAUACCACUGUCCAUGGACUUCACGCUCGAAAUGAUCUGACUGGCCAAACAGUACAUCUAGGAGGAUCCUCAGUACCCGCACUUGUCAUGGCCUUGGGUCAAGGUGAUCGCGAACAGCCCUCUGUACAGGAAAUCCUCGGCAGAUCUAUUCUUCCCAUGUUCGGUCUGGAUAACGAAACGGCGACGUAUCCGUUUGUGGAUCUCUGGNGGUUGGCUCAUGGCUCUCUCGCACGCGCUCAAGAACUGGCCAAGACGAUACCUACCGAUAGUCAAUGCUUAUCUUUCUUCCGGUAUUACCAAAAUUUGGGAAACAUCAUUUUCCCGGGUGUUGCAGACAUUUCAACCUUCGAGAUGGACUUGACGCGAUUCUUGCAGAAGAGAAAUGAGCAGAUGGGCGUGGCUGGAUCUUUGCCUGCCGACAGUCCUCUUCCUGGAGUCACUGAGCAAGCUAUUUACGACAAGAAUCUCGAGUGGGUUGGCCUACUAUUUGCUGUUCUGGCGAGUGGUUGCCAAUGUUCUGGUCUGCCAAGGAAAGAACGUGAAUUGACUUCUCAAGUCUACACAGUGUGUUGUAGUUUCGAGUGUCUGCGCUUCACCAACUUCCUAUCCCAUGUGACACUAGAGAGUAUCCAGACACUGUUGAUCCUAGGAAACAUUCCACCUUACCACCUCGCCAUGUACAGACUCUGCAGAGUCGGUCUCGAGAUUGUACGCGAUCGCACCAAGACCAUGAGCUCGCGCGAGCUGUUUGCCAGAAUCACAAAUCACAGAAACGAGAUCGACGACAUUAUGGCGGGCACAGCCGACUACUUGCGCGACUCACGCACCUGCAAAUCGGUAGAGGAGUCGCUCGAGCACUGGGCUCUUUACCUGCACGUGUCGUACAUAGUCUCCGAGCUGUGUCGACCAGCCAUCAGUCCCAGCACAGCCAGCUACGAACUAUCCAAAGCCUUCAAACAGACCUGCAUCGACAGCUUGGUCAGCACAGUCGAGGCUUUCCUCGGACUCCAAAACAUCACACCUUAUGCGAGACAAUCUUGGGCUGCUGUGCACCGCAGUCUAAGCUCUGCACUCCUCCUCGGCAUCAUGGGCGAGCAUGCCCACAACGAACGUGCUCGCCGUCUCCUAGGCCGAUUUGUCGCACUCAUGUCAGACAUGCAAUCAGCACUGGACCCGCAAGAACUCGCCGCACCCAUGGAAAGAGCCAUCACCGCACUCAAAAAGCUAAACAUCCAAGAAUCGAGACCGUCGAGGUUUAUCGAGGAUAUUGCUAUGGCGCCUUCCGGUGGCAGUGUUGCGGAUAGCAGUGAGAGUCCUGGGAUGGCGGGUGUUGACCACUCGAGUGUGUUUCCUUCCAAUACCAGUGCGUUGGUUGAUGAGGAGUAUUCGCCGUACAGCGUGCUCAACUCGAUCUUGUGGGGGCAGGGACUGACUCCUUGA